GGGGGGACGCAUCGACCCCCAAUCGCCCAGUGAUCACCAAAUGGGCGCCCGAUAGCCCACCCCGCCCAGGACCGUGCAGAGUCGUCAUCGGGGGCACAUCGCCGACGCUUCGGCGAUGUGUCGCCGAUCUCGGGUCGUCGUGCCCGCCCUUGCGCCAGUCUCACCGCUGGGCGUUGCCCAUCAGGUCUGGAUCUGCCUGGACUUCGAGUGGACGUGCGACGACAACGUGGCCCCCGGGGAGGUCCGGAGAGUGCACUCGGACGACGUCGAGAUUAUUGAGUUCUCGUACGCCAUCUACGACGGAAAGAGAGGCGUGCUUGCGUGUGAGGGGCAGCACUACUGCAAAAAUGAGCGGACCCCCAUCACGGAGUUCUGCACAGACCUGACCGGAAUCUCGGACGAGACGCUGAAGGACGCUGGCACGCUCGCGGAUGCGCUGCGGGCGCUGGAGCGCGCGUUGCAAGCGCCAGAGCUGGCUGGGAGGCCCUGCUGCGCCGUGGCACACGGCUCCGCCGACCUGGAGCUCGUGCUGCCCAUGCACUGCAAGGCGCUCGGGCUGGAGGUGCCCGCGGUUCUGCAGAGGUACGUCGAUCUGCGCCUCGCGGCGCAGCGCCACGUGCACGGCACGGGCGCGGGGGGCCUGCGGUGCUCCACGCUGCGGCAGAUCUGCGAGGCCCUGGAGGUCAAGAUGAUCGGGCAGGAGCACUCGGGCCUCGACGACUCGUUCAUGGUCCUGCUGGCGACGCAGCAGCUGCUCAAGGUGGGCGCGGAGAUGGAGCCAGUGGACUUCGCGGCGGAGUGGAGCAGCUGCGUGGAGCACGGGGAGGGCGACGGCAGGGUGUGCCUCGACGGGCUCCCCUACUGGUGCCUGGUGGGCGACCUCCUCGCCUGGCUCGGCGGCCACCUCGGCCGCGCGCCGCCCCGCGAAUUCGUGUUCGUCGUGCUGGGCAUGGACGGGCGGCCCACGGGCCGCGCGGUCGUCCAGUUCGGCACCGCCGCCGACGCCGCGGAGGCGCUGCGCGUGCUCCGGGGCGGGAAGGUCCUGGCCUGCCCCGACCCCAACAGCGGCGCGAUCAUCGAGCGGCUCGUCCUCGCGAGGCCAGUGCGGCGCGACGAGUGGGAGCUGCCCGUGCGGGGCGCCGAGGACGGCCGGAUCCCGGCUGGGAAGGCGCUGGCGCCCUUCGCCGCGGACGCCGCGGAGCUCCGGCGCAGCUCCGUGGGGCGGGGCGUCUGCUUCGCCUUCCAGAAGGGGCAGUGCGACAGGGGCGACCGGUGCCGCUUCCUGCACGAGCUCAGGGGCGAGCGCCGCCCGCUGCGCUGAGGGGCGCGCGUCGGCUCUCGACGGGGCUCCUGCGGCCGUGGCGAGGGGCGUCGACGACCCGGGGCCGGUAGAGACUUCCUCCUCCUGCUCCUCCUCCUCCUCCCCCUCCUCCUCC